AUGUUCUCCAAGUUCUUCGACAGCAUCUCCAGGCACGGGUCUCCUGCCCAGACUCCUCACCCUCUCGCGCCGGCACCCCUGCCUGCUCUCGCCCCGCCUCCCGCCGCUCUUCCGUCUGCUCCCCUCCUCUCCCCUCGUCGGAAGAAGGCUCGCCCAUUCGACGUCAACAACUUUGCCGGCAUGAACCCCAAGAGCGGCGUCAAGAACAACUUUACCGGCGCGACCCCUGCUGGCAAGGUCGACGUCAACAACUUCAGCGGCAUGAACCCCAAGAAGUGGAGGAAUAACUUCCCCGGCGACAACUAA